AUGCCGUAUGCCUGGAACUUCUCGUAUAAAGGAAUUUUUCUUUUCCGGAAGCUAUCGAAGCAAAUCCAGGAGCCUCCAGGAUCCAUAAACAUAAACUUCAAGUUCAAUGCCGAGACGCAGUGGGAAGACUCACCUCACUGCUUCUACUCGAUCAAUCAUAAGGCGUCAUCUAUCCUUUUCAGCUUUCUCCCACAGAAGAAGGCGAAAGUAGAUAGCGAGUACAGCGAUGCCGACGACGAUAUCCAGGAGGACGCUGACAAGGAUGUCAAACACGACCGAGUGGACGUUGAGUGA